UUAGUCAUAUCACAUGAAAACAAACGUUGCACAAUGAGUUACCCUUUCCACCAUCACCAUCACGGGCCUGGUUCUAAUAGUCUAGUGAAGGAGAUAAUUCAUGAAAUGAUCCGGCCACACCAUGGCCCACCUCCACCUCCACCUCCAUAUCAUCACUACGGCCCACCGCCACCUCCUCCUCACCAUCACUACGGCCCACCGCCACCUCCUCCUCCUCACCAUCACUAUGGGCCGCCUCCACAUCAUUUCCAUGGACCUCCGCCGCCUCCGCCACAUCACCACCAUGGACCACCGCAUCAUUUUCAUGGCCCUCCGCCUCCAUGCGGCCAUCAUUCCCAAUUUUAUGGAUGCAGCCACUGUGAUGGUUGGAGGUGGUAGCUGUAGGAAUCAAGAUGAUUUAUUUGGAAAUAUACUAUUUUAUUAUUAAGAGAAAUCGGCUGUGAGGGUUGGCGGUUGUUGAUGGCCAGGACUUUUGGAAGCUGAGGAAAUACCUUAUAUGGAUUAGAAUAUAAGCGAUGCAUGUUCAAGUGAAAUAGACUGUCUGUUUUUUAUUUGUU